AUGGCUGUCGUCGAUGCGGGCGUGCUGCCCACAAUAAAAUGCUCUAAUUGCGGCAUUGGUGUCGAUAUUUCUGCCAUGGGGGAUCAUGUCUGCCAUGACCAAGGAUCCUCGCCAACGCCCCCAGCACCUCCUCCGAAAUCUGACCCUACUCCCCCGCCAGGGUAUUCAUGGGAGAAACCAUUACCGCGGAUAGAUCCCUUAAUGGCCAAUCGUCCCUUUUUGCAAUCAACAGGAAGCAACAAUGAUGAUACUCCCAGCUCAAAUCAAAGCCCUCCCUAUGGUUUACAGCGAAGCAACACAAUACCAAUCCCUUCUGAACCACCAUCGCCUGACUGGGGCAAAGGCAUCCCAGCAUUCCCAUUACCUCGUUCAAUGUCUAACCGACGACCCGGUGCCCUGGCCAAUAUGCAACCUCUCGGCUCAGCGCCGCCAGUUUCAAUCCCACACUCUCCUUAUGCGGAUCAGGAUCAAGGACCCAUGAGCGCACGACCAGCUCCCAUCGAUAGAGAACGUUCUCUGCCACCACCACCGCCAUUACCAAAGGAUGACAACUUCGCUGAUGAUGUCGCUGACGAUGUGGCGCCGCUCCCGGAUUUCUUUCACAGGCGUGGUGAUUCACUGGACAGUAGGAGCAGCUAUGGGACGGCAAGCAUCAAGUACGACAAUGGGUCGAAGCGUUCGACAAUGAUGUCCAGUCGACGACCAUCAUUUGGAAGCGUGGCUCGCGAUCCGCAGGCGUUCUUUGAUGAUGGACUUCUUUCAAGAUCCGCGCCUCUCGAGACGUUAACCGAGAACCCAACGCCAACGCAUCAGGAGCUCGGGGAGGAAGACGCCGCAUACCAUAAUGAGCAGCAUGAUUCAUCAUACGGUGGAUUCGACUUUGGAGUUUCUGAAAAGAGCAAUCGCGAGGCCGCAAUUCAUCGUCCCAGCGAUAGCGAACAGUUGGAUUUCUCUUUUCACUCCCGCUCCGAGAGCCGUUCUGGCCAACUCUAUUCGCAGCGGUCACCAUCCCAGAGCUCCCACUCCCCUGCUCCGUCCGUCGACAGAUUCCGCGAUUCUAGGGAACCAUUCACCGCCCAAUAUCAUGGUGCGCGUCAACCUUCAGGUUCCAGCCAUUACUUGCACCCGAAUAACCUUUCGAUUGACGAAGGCAACCGGAGGAAGAACUCCGAUGCCAGUGAGGGGGGCAAUUCCGUGUCAAACUUUGCCCGUGCGCUGGGUUUGGACGACGCAGGACAUACUACAGAGAGCUCAACGGUCUCUUCAGAGUUCUCGCCGUCUGAAUCACGAAGCGGAACUUCUCUGUCCAGCCUCCCAUCAGAAACGAGCUUAUCGCGACGCAAGGCAUCAGAAGCUAGCAGACUCGGGCCCGUUGUUGAGGAAAACCAGAACCACCACGAUCAACCAUCUCCGUUCCCGAUGCUGGAGGACGCCUCUCAAUCGGGCAGCCCUCUCGAACCACCAAAGCUCUCUAAUUUCCUCCAGCCACCGGAUUCACCUACCGACCCGGCUCUCUCUCAAGGCAGCUUAUCUCUUGUUUCCGAUCAACAGUCUCCGCGUUCUGAGAAUUCCGUUGAGUCCCCUUCAGACGAACAAUCACCAGUAUCACCAGUAAAGGAACGCCCAGAAGCCAUUGCACUCGCUCCACCUCGUGCCCCACGCUCCAAGGGCCGCUGCCGUGGAUGCGGAGAGGCCAUCUUUGGCAAGUCAGUCUCAUCGGCAGAUGGUAGACUCACAGGCCGUUACCACCGCGAUUGUUUUGCGUGCUGCUACUGCCGCAUUCCCUUCCAGACAGCAGACUUCUACGUCCUCCAGAACAAGCCCUACUGCGCCCAACACUACCACGAGCUGAACGGCUCCCUAUGCAGCACAUGCAACGCCGGCAUCGAGGGUCAAUACCUAGAAACCGAUGAACGAAUGGGCCGCGGUCCCAGCGACCGCCGCAAGUUCCACCCUGACUGUCUCACCUGUCGUACCUGCAACAUCAACCUCAAGGGCGAGUACUUCGAAUGGAACGGACAAGUCUACUGCGAGCGCGACGCCCGCAGAGCCGCAGCAUCCGUGCCGCCUCCUCGAUUCCGUCGUCCAACAAUGCCCUCAUCGCCUUUGUCGCGACCGCCAGACCCGUAUGGACCCCCUGGCCCUAUGGGUCCUGGUCCGGGUCCGAUGGGCCGUCCUCCCUUCCCGCCUGGCCCUGGACGGCGUCCACCUCCGCCUAUGGUUCCUCCUAUAGGCCCUGAUAUGCUGGGACCACCUGGUGCGUUUGGUCCUGCGUACGGCCCUGCGUAUGGACCUCCGCCUGGUGCGAAGCGGUUCCCUGAGCGGCGGACGACCAGGCUUAUGAUGAUAUGA